GCAGCUGGUUGUAGGUCAGUAAGUGUCCUGCCCCUUUGUUACAAGUUUUGUCUGUGACCACAGCACCACAUCUGACAUCUCUUAUUAAAGAUGGGGGAGAGGUUGCAAAGCCAAAAAAGCUAUGUUUGCUCCUUUUUUGAUUGUAAAGCCAAGUUCAGUAAGUCAUGGAAGCUAGAGGCUCACCUCUGCAAACACACGGGACUGAAACCAUUCUCCUGUGAGAACUGUGACAAGAGCUUUUGCACCCGCUAUCAGCUCUCCAGACAUGAGCUCAGUCACAGUGGGGAAAAGCCGCACAAGUGUGUGGCUGACGGGUGCUCCGAAGCCUUCGUCACAACAACGAGCUUGAAGACCCACAUGGCUCGAGUGCACCAGCGCCAGAAGAAGCAAUAUAAAUGUGAUCAUCAGGGCUGUGGAAAGUCUUUCAACAAGAGGAACCAGCUGAAAGCCCAUCAGUGUGAGCACCAGCAGAUUCUGCCGUUUCACUGUUCUUUCAAUGGCUGCACAAGAGAAUUUCCCAGUCAUGGAAAGCUGAAGCAUCACGAGAAAAUGCAUGCAGGUUACCCCUGUGAGAAUGAAGCAUGUCCUUUUCAGGGAAAGACGUGGACAGAAUAUCAAAAGCACAGAAAAGCACACAGAGUCAAGUUGCCGUGUGAAGACUGCAAGAAGGUGUUUAACAACUCCUGGUUCUUGCGCCAGCACAAGCUUUACGUCCACUCCUGGGAGAAGGGGAAGCUGUCGUGCCCCAGACAAGGGUGCGGUAAACAGUUCACCCGUUGCUUCAACCUGGAGAGCCAUGUACUGGGAGACCAUGAGGGGAAGAAGCCCUUCAGCUGUGCCUUUGCUGGCUGUGGGAAGAGCUUCGCCAUGAAGGAAAGCCUGUGGCGACAUGGAGUGGUGCACGACCCAGCAAAGCAAAAGCUGAAGAAACUGCGCCCUACAAAGAAUCUGCCCUGGCGUAAGGCCCUGCAGGCCAGACUGGCAGCUGAAGCCAAUCAGAGCGAGACCAACAAGCUUGCUGCAAGGCUGCGCAAAACAACUUUAAAGGAUAACAAAUCUUGAGGGGCAUUACAUAUGAAUAUCUGCUUGGUUUUGUUCAUUAAUGGUGAAAUAAAUCACAUAAUAUUUCUGUUUGAGUUUUUUGUUCAGGCAUGUACGAAAUAAAGCCUCGUUAAUGCAGCACAA